CGUCCCUCACGCGUCCCUCUCCUCAUCAACACUCAAAAUUGCUGCCCCUCAACCCGUGUGCUUGCUGGCUUUUGAGGUUCCAAGGUUGCGACUUCCAGUUUGCAACAUAUGCUGUGCUUUGUCUGGCUGUGUCUGUCUGGCUGUGUGCCCCGGCCCUUGCCUUCCCUUGUUCACCCCACCAAGGCAGGCACUGUACGGGUAGAAGAUGGGUCCUCGUGGCUCGUGCCACGACCUUAACCAUAACGUGUCCGCCGACGUCUUCGCCUUUCAUCUGCCAGGCCCCCUUCCCCUCUCACCCGCAAACCCCAUGGAAGCAUUCAAGCCACCCCCGCAGAAGUGCUCGACAACGGUGCCAAAGAUGUCCAGCAUCAACGCGGCGUGGGCCAAGAGGCAGCCCAUAUAUCUCCCUGGGUUCGACCGCGCCACACAGCUCGGCAUGGACUUCAAGUCCAUCCAGUUCGGAACAGCCUGGCUCCGCAAGACCUACACCAACGAUCGUGCCAAAUCAAUACGGGAGGCUGGUUUGCCUACCGACGAUCAUCAGAUCCGCGAGCGACCGCUGCAGGAGGUCCGCUAUGGAAACAACAUCUCUCUCCUGUUCAAGGCCUGUUGCGCCUUCAGGGACUUCCACGCCUCUGGUGAUCUCUGGAAAGCCGUCGGUCGUGUAUAUGGAGUCUCCUCCGAGGUGGUCAGGUCCGUAGUAGACAUUUUUGUUAUGGCCCGUGAAAUCUAUCUCUUCAACGACCCGCCAGAUGACCCCACCUCGGGCUUGAGGUCAAGCGCCACGUAUUGGGUCGACCAAUGGAUCGAAUUCAUCAACGGGCGGCUUCCGCGAAAACCACCACCCACGAAUGACGUUUUUGCAGGAGUCGAUGAACUCUUCAAGGCACAAGAAUACAAAAACGGGGAUCUUGCACGUGUUCUCACAGCUGAGCCCGACGCCGCGCCUCCACCAGCACCUCCACCGAGGCCUCGUGCUCUGAUGAAACGCUCGCCGUCUCCCUGUCCUUUGGAGUCAUCCCCGAUGGCCAAGAAGAGGGCCAUUUCGACCACCACGGACGGGACAGGAACUCAGGCAAUAUCGUUCGACUUCAGGGGCAAGGAUAAGCCUCUUAAUUCGGCGUUCAGCACAAACGGCCGCCAACCUACAGAUCAACAACCUGAUUGCAAACACAAGGAACCAUAUUUCCAACUCAAGAUUCGCGGCUCUCACAAGACGCCCCUGGAUCAGGACCGCUAUCACCCCGAGGCCGACGACUAUGCGGCGCUGGCACAAUCCAAUAUUGACCUCCAGGCCCGCGUAGAAUCCCUCGAGAAGGAAAGGCUCGAGUCCGUCAGGGCCCAGAAAGACAGGGACAAUGCCAUCAGAUCGCUACAAGCCAGGUUCACAGCUUUCGAAAGGGCGUCUGCAGCCGCGAGUACUCCCGCGCCGCCCAACGACGGUGUCGCCCGGGAGAUGCAGGAUAUGACAGAGAAGCUUGAGGCUCAGGCCGAAAAGCUACAAAGGAUCGAGCAAGAGCUCGAGACUAGGGACCAGGCCGAAAAGCUACGCAAGAUCGAGCAAGAGCUCGGUACCAGGGACCAGGCCGAAAAGCUACACAAGAUCGAGCAAGAGCUCGGGACCAGGGACCAGGCCGAAAAGCUACACAAGAUCGAGCAAGAGCUCGGGACCAGGGACCAGGCCACACAUAACAUGCAGGCAACCAUCUCCUCGUUACGAGAAGAGUUGGCAAGACGAGAGGGGGCCAUGGAAGCCCAAAGGAAGGAGUUCUCUGACACGCUGGUCAGGAUCUCGGCUCUCGAAGCUAAAAAUGUCUUCUUCAACGAUCUCCACAAAGCCAUUCGAGAGCUGAAGGCAAAGGUCGAGGCUCAGAAAGAUGAGGCGACUGCCAUUUCACUGGACUCUUCCAAUGAACAGGACAAACGGGACGCAAGACUGAAAGCGACCGAGCAAACACUGAAGAAACAGGAUCAGAAUGUCCAGAGGACAAUAGAAAAAUUCUUGGUCCUUCAGGGCCAGUUGCUCGCACUCAACUCCAGGUUCGAGUCCUUGGAGAAACAAGAUCGGACUGUCCAGAGGGCAAUGGACAAAGUCUUGGCCCUUGAGGGCCAGUCGCUCCUACUCAAGGCUAGGGUCGGGUCCCUGGAGAAACAAGAGAAAACUGUCCAGAGCGCAAUGGACAGACUCUUAAUCCUCGAGGAUCAAUCGCUCAUACGUAACGCUAGGACCGAAUCCCUGGAGAAACAAGGCCAAACUAUCCAGGGGGCCAUGGAUAGACUCUUGGUCCUUGAGGACCAGUCGCAAAUACGUAACGCUAGGAUCGAAUCCCUAGAGAAACAAGAGCAAACUGUCCAGGGGGCAAUGGAUAGACUAUUGGUACUUGAGGACCAGUCGCUCAGAUACAACGGGAGGAUCGAAUCCCUGGAGAAUCAGACGGAUAUCACAGAGGUUGAAGCUCGAUUAUGCGCAAGAGUAUCUACCGUGGAGCAAACCCAGGCUGAUAACCUGAGGAUGUCCGAUUCCCACAUCCAAACGCUCCGGGUGGGUCUCGAGCAGGCGCGAGAAGAAAUCGUAAAUCUCUCAAAGAGGCUUGCUACUGGGUUAGGCUGUCUGCCAACGAUCGAGCAGAACAUGUCGGAGAUGCAGACCAAGAUCACGAAUAUCGACCGGCAAGAAACCAACAUCUCGAAACGCCUCGACGACCUGGACAUUUCCCGAGAAGCUCUCGCGCUGCAGGUCUACGCAGCCCGUCUCGACGAACUCUCCAAGUCCCUCGAGACGCUGAUACAGCUGCCCGCCACCCUGGCCAAGAGAGAAGAAGCCCGGGCUGCAGCCUCCGAGGCCGACCUCACCAUGAAGGAGUUUUACCAGCACCUGAAGGCCGCCAGUCAACAACAGGCGAAACAGGCGCAACAGACGAAAAAGGCUGCGAGUGCCAGUGACGCCAACUCGCAAGCUUUACAGUGGCUGACGGAAAAGGUGAACAAUAUGGACUGGGUGCUCGAGAAAUACAUGAGUGAUAGCCGGGAGAAGCUGGGCCAGCUGGUGGACGGCGCCGCAUAUGCGAGGGACAUGGGCCGGUGUGCCAAAGAGAGCAGCAACGUCGCCACUGUCGUGGGCGAGUUGUGUCGGCGGGUCGGCAUCAUGGAGAGAGGCUUCGAGGUCAUCAGAGAUGCGGGUAUCAUGUGUGCUCCUCGGCGCUGAUGUUUGGACCAUGGCCCCGGGGCUGUUGUUGGGCGUUGGGGAGCUCAAGCCUGGGCGCGUGGAAGCGCGAGUCUGCAGGCGGGAAACCUGCCGUCUCGCGGCUCUACAAGAUCCUCGGAGGCCGCCAUUUUUCUCAUUGUAUUUAUUAUUUUUUUUGGAGCGACCUUGGCGGAUUCUGAAAUUCGUUAAUGACGACUAAUGGCUACGAAAGACAACGAAGACGAACGUCUGUGGGACUACAAAAGGAGCGGUGUUAGAGCACCCAGCCUAGAAGAUAUAUGUAUAAUGUAUUGCUUC